AUGAUCUCAGAGUUGCCUUCUUCUCCAGCAGGCGAAAUGGCUUGCACACCCCUUAAACGCACCCUGGAUCAGUCGCUUGGAGCAUCGUCUCCAAGCAUCAGGAACCUAAGUCACACACCGACUGAUUCCAUAUCGUCAACUAGCAGCUGGUCCACAUCGGUCGCACCUCAGAAUCAUAAAGAUCUUCUACCAGACGCGAAAUGCGGUGACUCCAUCGACAGUAAAUUGUCCAUGGAAUGGAACCCGGCUAAUGAAAGGCUGAUUCGCGAGCCUUACGACUACAUCGCAGCGCUGCCUGGAAAAGAGAUCCGUAGGCGGCUUCUAGAUGCGUUCAAUGUUUGGUUGAAGGUGGAUGAUGAAUCGUGCGAGAUUAUUGCACGAACAAUCACGAUGGCACACAAUGCUUCCUUGAUGAUCGAUGAUAUACAAGAUAACUCCCAGCUCCGAAGGGGCGUCCCAACAGCACAUAGGGUUUACGGCAUUGCCCAGACCAUCAAUUCGGCGAAUUAUGUCUACUUUCAGGCACAACAGGAACUUAUGCGUUUGAAAAACUGGCCACAGGCGUUGGCAAUCUUCAAUGAGGAGUUGAUAAAUCUCCAUCGCGGCCAAGGGAUGGAGCUCUUCUGGCGUGAUAACUUUCAACCACCUUCCGAGGGAGACUACCUCCAGAUGAUAGCAAACAAAACAGGCGGACUCUUCAGACUAAUUCUUCGACUUCUGCAGUGCGCCAGCACGCGUAUUGUGGAUAUUACUCCUUUGGCUAAUGUGGUUGGCCUGUUUUUCCAGAUUCUGGAUGACUACAAGAAUAUGGUGGAUGACAAGAUGGCCGCUCAAAAAGGCUAUUGCGACGACUUAACGGAGGGCAAGUUCUCCUUCCCAAUAUGCCAUGCCAUAUGGACCGAAAGCUCUAGAAAGGACGACAUCCUUGAUAUAUUACGGAUGAAAACCGAGGAUGACACUCUCAAAGCUUGUGCAGUCAUGAGCCUCCGCCAAUCUGGGAGCUUUGGGUAUACGAGGGAGGUUCUUGAACAACUGAACAAGAGGGCAAGGGAGCUUUUGCUGGACCUUAAGAUUCCGAAUCCUAAGCUUGAAGCUUUGCUGGAUAACCUAGUGAAAAGUCUCCAGGCUUGUCAUUAA